CGUGGGGGAGCCGCGCGGAGACGUGAGCUUUUCUUUGUACUGAAUGAAGAGUUGAGGCCGGCUGCGCUCCCGCUGCUCCUCUUUUUAUACAAGCACACUUUGCAUGCUGUAAAUAGCCCAAUAAGCCGGUUUACUCUCUCCGCUCCGCCGCCUCCGUCGCUCCCCUUUAGUGCCGUGGAGGCGACCAGCCGCUGCCCAGCCUCCCUUCCAGCGGGUUCGGACAACAAAAGCAUCAGGUCCGGCGUGUCGUCCGUCUCUUCUUCGGGGGAUUUCAAGUCAUUCACCAGCCGGGAUUUUUUGUCAGAGCGGAAAAGCCUCCUCCUCCUCUCCAGUCACACUUCCACACACGGGGAGGUUUUCCUUAUUUUUUUGUAGAAACCCCCCCUUUUCCCCACACUCUUAACAACCGAGCGACCAUGGCAGCUGUAACGAGCCCGGAGACGAGCCCUCAGCCCCGGGUAUAUUUCCAGACGCCGGCCGGCACCACGGAGGAGCCGGAGACUCCGGUUCGGAAGCAGGGGCGCGUUACCGUCAAAUACGACCGAAAGGAGCUGAGGAAGAGACUGAACCUGGAGGAGUGGAUUAUCGACCAGCUAACGGACCUCUACGACUGCGAGGAGGAGGCCAUCCCAGAGCUGGAGAUAGAUGUGGACGAACUGCUGGAUAUGCCCAGUGACGUUGAGCGGGCAGCCAGGGUCAAGGUAGGACACACGGUUACACUGUCAAAGCAUGUAGAGCCACAUUUAGGGGUUUUUGACUGAUGGAGAACCGCUUCAGUUCUUGUUUGACUCAAAGCUGGACUAAAGAAGGGAGACCACACGAGUUGUAACUAAAAAUACGUUUAUUGUGUAGAUCCUAGAAGGG